GGACAGCCUGAGAGAGUCGCGGCUGCUGGCCCUUGCGGGGCUCCGUAGCUGGGGGGGCGGGGCUCCACCCUGUCACUCCUGGGAGCUCCCGCUCUCCGAGUCCCUGUCCCCCAUCCAGGGUCCCUCCGGGUACCCGUAGUGAGGUCGGGGCGCCGUAGCGAGGGGAAGGGCCGGACCCCCCGCCCUUCCUGGGUCCCUGCCUCCCCCAGGCCUUCUCUGGGGGCCUGUAGCGAACGGGGGGUUCCCGCCCCCUCGCCACCCUCCUGGGUCCCUCCCCCACCAGGCCCCACCUGGGGAGCUUUCCUGGGGGGGCUCCUUGCCCCCCAGCCCCCGUGGCCCUGUCGGGGGGAGUGGGCGCCGAGCCCCACAGCGGUGGUUGCCCUCGGCUGCCCGCCCGCCAUGGCACGUGGCACUCUGAGGGGCUGGAGAAUGUGGCACUGACAGGGCGUCCUGGGGGCUGUGGGUAGUGGUGGAAACUUGGGUCACCCUGCGCUGGUGCUGACCCUGAGGGGGCCGGCUGGGCUCUGGUCAGGGCCUGCCCGCAUGUGCCCCCCGCCGUGGACCGAUUCAGGACGGAGGAGGAAGAGACUUCCCUGGCCUUGGCACCAGCUGCAGCUGGCAGGCCUGAAGGUGGCGGUGGCAGCAGGAGGAGAAGUUGGGAGGAGGAGAAGGCCAUGGAAGGCCUGGCCGGCUAUGUGUACAAGGCGGCCAGUGAAGGGAGAGUGCUGACCCUGGCUGCCCUGCUGCUCAACCGCUCCGAGAAUGACAUCAGGUACUUGCUGAGCUACGUCAGCCAGCAGGGUGGUCAGCGCUCCACGCCCCUUAUCAUCGCAGCCCGUAACGGUCAUGCCAAGGUGGUGCGCUUGCUGCUAGAACAUUACCGGGUGCAGACCCAUCAGACUGGCACGGUCCGCUUCGAUGGUUAUGUCAUUGAUGGAGCCACAGCUCUCUGGUGUGCAGCAGGAGCCGGACACUUUGAAGUUGUCAAACUGCUAGUUAGUCAUGGAGCCAAUGUGAACCACACUACUGUGACCAAUUCAACUCCGCUGCGGGCUGCAUGCUUUGAUGGCAGACUGGACAUAGUGAAAUACCUGGUGGAAAAUAAUGCUAACAUCAGUAUUGCCAACAAGUAUGACAACACUUGCCUUAUGAUUGCAGCUUACAAGGGGCACACAGAUGUGGUGAGAUAUCUCUUAGAACAACAUGCUGAUCCCAAUGCCAAGGCACAUUGUGGUGCUACGGCAUUACACUUCGCAGCUGAAGCUGGCCAUUUAGAGAUUGUCAGAGAGCUGGUCAAAUGGAAAUCUGCAAUGAUGGUGAAUGGCCAUGGAAUGACUCCAUUAAAAGUAGCUGCUGAGAGCUGUAAGGCAGAUGUAGUUGAACUUCUUCUUGCUCAUGCGGAUUGUGACAGAAAAAGUAGAAUUGAAGCUUUGGAACUUCUGGGUGCAUCGUUCGCAAAUGACAGGGAAAAUUAUGAUAUAAUGAAGACUUAUCACUAUUUAUAUUUAGCAAUGCUGGAGAGGUACAGAGACAGUGAGAACAUCAUUGAGAAAGAGGUUCUUCCACAAAUCGAAGCUUAUGGAAACAGAACUGAAUGCAGAACUCCUCAGGAAUUAGAAUCUAUUCGGCAGGACAGAGAUGCCCUUCACAUGGAAGGCCUCAUAGUGCGUGAACGAAUUUUGGGCUCGGACAAUAUAGAUGUUUCGCAUCCUAUUAUUUAUCGUGGGGCUGUUUAUGCAGAUAACAUGGAGUUUGAACAGUGUAUCAAACUAUGGCUUCAUGCAUUGCAUUUGAGGCAGAAAGGUAAUAGGAAUACCCAUAAGGAUCUCUUGAGGUUUGCUCAAGUCUUCUCUCAGAUGAUACACUUGAAUGAGCCUGUUAAAGCCAAGGACAUAGAAAGUGUUUUGAGGUGUAGUGUCUUGGAAAUAGAACAAGGAAUGUCCAGGAUUAAAAGCAACCAAGACACUGACAUCCACACAGCCAUGGACAACUACGAAUGCAAUAUUUUUACCUUCUUGUAUUUGGUGUGCAUCUCAACCAAGACUCAGUGCGGUGAAGAAGAGCAAUCUCGAAUCAACAAGCAGAUAUAUAACUUGAUUAAUCUUGAUCCCAGAACUCGGGAUGGGUCCAGUUUGCUGCAUCAUGCUGUCAACUCCAGUACACCAGUAGAUGACUUCCACACAAAUGACGUCUGCAGCUUUCCAAAUGCACUUGUCACCAAGCUCCUGUUAGACUGUGGUGCUGAAGUGAAUGCUGUGGACAACGAAGGAAACAGUGCACUUCACAUCAUUGUCCAGUACAACAGACCCAUCAGUGAUUUUUUGACUUUGCAUUCGAUUAUCAUUAGUCUGGUGGAGGCUGGUGCUCAUACAGACAUGACAAAUAAGCAGAAGAAGACUCCUCUUGAUAAAAGUACAACUGGGGUGUCUGAAAUACUCCUUAAAACUCAAAUGAAGCUGAGCCUCAAGUGCCUGGCUGCCCGUGCAGUACGGAUCUAUAACAUAAGCUACCAAAAGCAGAUCCCCAGAACUCUGGAAGAAUUUGUGGAGUUUCAUUAGGCCACAUAAAAUCUUUCAAGGUGGUGCUACUCGGAGAAGACUUAAAUCACAGACAAUAGAAAACAUGUGCAUAGAUUAGUUUUCUCCACAUUUGUGUUUUUUUUCCCCUUUGCAUUCAGUCUUCAGCCUCUGUUCUCAAACAGAUCUUGGAAAAAAGCCACAUUGCUUGGAUGUAACUACAAUCUGGUGUCUGAAAAGGUGGUCACUCUUUUUUGAUAAUGGGCCAAUUUAUUUUUAAUCUUUUAAAAAACAAAAUGAAAACAAACACCAAAUGUAACAAGCACAAAAUAUUGUUUCAAAUAUGCCCAUUCAUUCAUGAGUUACAGCUGAGAAUGCUUUAAACAGCCACUUCAAAAGAUGUUUCUGUUAAAAAGCCCGUGCCACCACAUUAUCUCUGCUGCAAAUGUGUAGAUUUAAAAUUUUCUUGGGACAAGGAAGGAAAAAAAAGAAUUUAAAAGUGUCUUGUAGUUGGUGAUAAGUCCCAAUAUACAGAGCAAUCCAGGGCUCUCAUUUCUUACCACCUUUUUAUGCCAUUCAGUUAACACUGAAGCGAUCAGUAACAUUUUAAACGAUUCCUAUUCUUUUUUUGAAAUGCCAGCCACAAUUAUCGAUAGCUGUAGGAGUACGGGGAGGCUCUAUUAGGAAAUACAGGUUUAAAUUCAACUCUCUGAAUAUACUGAGAUAGUAAUUGUUGAAUAAUCAUGGUCUUCAUUUAUUCUAGCACAUCUGUCCAAAUAUCAAUCAAAUUUCUUUUUACGCAACAAGCCACUCGUUUAUAAAUAUCAUGCAUAGAUACCUAGAAAACGAAUUGUGUGUGUAUGUUCAUGGCCCCUAACAUUUCAAAUCGCUUUUAAAUUUUUUGUCAUUUUAAUGCUUAACAUUCAACAUUUUGACUCAGUUUUUAAAACUGCACUCCAGAAUUCCAAAUGCUGUGUCUUCCUAAUGGAGCAGUCUUUCAUCGAAGGUUCCCCUUUGCCUAGGUGUCUUCCUUUAAGUGUGGUGAUGAUGAUGAUCAGAACCAACUUUCCAAUAAGCAUGGAAUUUGUGUCCCUGACUCAGUUUAAAUUUUUUCAUGAUUUUUAUUCCUUUCAUUAUGAAAACUUAUCGUAAAAUUGUUUUUUUAAAUCAUCCUAUAAAUAAAAUGUUCUUUUAUGAUGAGAAGUAACUGAUUGUAUAAUAUCUGUUACUUGAGAAGGUACUUCUCCUUGGCAGAAGUUGCAGCAGUAAAAUGUCACUUGUUUUGACGGGCUACUGAAAAUUCUGUUUAUUAUUUUAAACAGGGCUUUUUAAUUGUCAGACAAUGAAAUAAUGUUCUGUAUUUUUUUAAAACAAUCUGAGUAGAACUUCAGGCAAGAUCUGGGCACACGUUUUCAUUUGUAUUUCAAAUAAAUAAACACUGAAUGUGAAA